AUGACUACCUUUUCAGCUUUGCGUGGAGUGGCGCUGUUUCUUUUCUAUCUUCCUCUGAACGCGGCGAGUCCCAGAAUCCAAGAGCAGCUUCUCAUUACCGCCCCUCCAAGUCCGCAAGCUACCCACUGCCCCCGCCACGACCUUCUGAGACGGCAAGCAAGCUGUCAGUAUGGCGAAUGCGGAACAGCCUGUCUCGCACAAGGCGCUUUCUGCUGCGGGCCUGCCGGCACUCUAGCUACCUCGCCCUUCUGGGUGUGCGACAACGGCGCAUGCAUCACAUCAGUUCGGGGAGCAACCGGUGUCGUCGACUGUUAUGACCCCGAGAACCCCUCUGGAACAACUCAAAGCUGCAUUGACGAGAGUGCAACCACCACGUGUAAAGCCACCGAUCGAUGCUACACAUGCACUUCCGAGCAGCCCUGGUGCCAGUGGGAAACCUAUAUCGCCUCCAACUCUCCUACACUUCGCUGGUUCUCCUGCGUUGAAACAAAAGGCGCAGACUUGACCUUCUUCGCGAACACCAUAACGGCGAAUCUACCCACAACCGGCCAGGGGCAUUCUAACAACAGUGCGUCUUCCUCAUCGACCUCUUCUACGUCUGCUCAGAAUGGUGCAGAGAACGACAGUGCCCUCUCCACGGGCGCCAUCAUCGGAAUAGCAGUUGGUGGCGGUAUUGCCCUGGUGGGCGGCUUAGCCAUCCUAGCAUUCUGCUGUCUCAAACGACGGAAGUCGCAUUCCCAAAAACCACAGGAACUUCCUCCGAACCCGAUACUCCCUCAGAUGUCCCAGCCACAUCCUAUGGAGCUGGACUCGCACGCCUACACGCGGAGCGAGUUGAACAGCACAACGGCGUACUCGCCGAGGAGUCAACCUUCUACGCCGUUUACGCCGGCGGACAGAUACGCCACGAGUGUGGAAGACAUCGACAUGUGGCGACGUGGCAUGACCACGACUCCGUCGGAUGGCCAGAGCAAAGAAGCGUACUAUGCGCGAACUCAGCCUCCGAGGGAGCUGCAUGAGGGUCGGAGAGAGGAAUGA